AUGACCCUGCGAUGGAUGUCCAUGCAGCUCUGGAGACGUCGUGUGACGGGUCCCCUGGUGGCCUUACUCAUCACCGUGCUCCUAAUGUUCCUGGCCACACACAGCCUGCAAAACAACAGGGAACAUGAUGUAUCAGCGGUGGAGAGAAAGGCCCAGAGAAGUGAUGGUGUGAUGCAUCCAUCCUCUCACCAUAACCCUUCAAAUACCCACAGGCAGAGAGAGCAGCCGCGACCUGACAGCGACCCACACCAGCAUGGUAGGAGGAAGAGGAGUCUUCCACCAAUAGCCUUUCUCAAAACUCACAAGACAGGUAGCAGCACGGUUCAAAACAUCCUGUUCCGACUUGGGGAAAGAGAGAGAGCCACAUUCGCCUUUCCCUAUAUCAGCUACCAAUUCAGCUACCCAAACAGGUUCCAGGCGAAAUAUGUGGAUGAGCUUCCUGCUGGAUCAUCUCAGUUUGACAUUCUGUGUAGUCACAUGCGACUGGACCUUCCCCAGCUUAAACAAGUCAUGCCACCAAACACAGUUCUUUUCACCAUACUGCGGGAUCCUACAACUACCUUUGAGUCUACAUUCAACUACUACACUAAUGUCGUGCCGGCCUUCGCCAAAGCCAAAAACGCCAGCAGAGUGACUGGUGGCAAAUCAGCACUUGCUACUUUUCUGGAAAACCCGGACGCCUUCUGGAACCCACACGCGAGGGCAAAUGGCCCAGCUAAAAACCCAAUGAGUUUUGACCUGGGUUUGAACAACGUGGCAUGGAGCCUGUCUUGGCCAAGUGAUUUGAUUCAACUAGAAGAUGCGUUUCAUCUGGUUAUGAUAAUGGAACACUUUGACGAGUCACUGGUGCUACUGGGGGAUUUGCUGGGACUAGAGACAGAGGAUCUGGCGUACGUGCGAUUAAACGCGCGCGCGGGUCAUCAGGUCUCCCCGCUGGAGCGGGAGACAAGGGAGAAAAUACGCGAGUGGAACUCCCUGGACGUCUUGCUUUACGACUUCUUCUUCCGGUUGUUUUGGGAGAAAGCAAAGGAUUAUGGGUUGGACAGGCUAAACGAAGAUGUGGCACAGCUCAGGGUCACCAGGGAAAGACUGAAACAGAAGUGCGUGUCCAAGGAAGCAGUGCCCCCCGGUGAGCUGGAAGACCUGCUGCGGCCUUGGCAGAGCGAAACCGCAACCAUCGUGGGAUACAAGGUACGGGAAGACUUGGGCACGCAGGACCAGGCUUUCUGUGUUCGACUAGUGCUGCCAGAGCUUCAGUAUCACUCUCAUCUGUAUUUCCAGCAGUAUGGCAGAGACAUGAGGGCCGUACCCCCAGAGUGA